AUGAAAGUGAGGGUUGUGUGUAGGAAACUUUACGACUACGUACGCUAUGAUCUCAAAGAAAUUGCUUUUCCGUCCUCUUUGCCCAAUCCUCCAAACCUUAAAAAGCGCCGCAAAUUGACCUGGGAGCAGCGUGUUUGGGUUUUGAAAAGAGCUACUAGGCUUUAUGCUGCUAGCUGGGUUCGUGACAUUGGUCCUGAUCUUCGGCCAAAUGACUACAAGACGGAUGAACCUAUUGCUAUAAAGAAAACAGCUAAAGAUAAAGAACCCUCAAUACUCGAGGAACUCGCUCUAGCUGCUAGAGGGGGCAUGGAGACUCUCAGACCUGCUUUGCAGCGUGUGUAUAUGACCAGAGCUUCUGUAUACAGAGAUGCUAUGAAGAGUUUUAUAGAGGGAUAUCAAGAGGGUGUUCUGCAAGUAGUGGAGAAAGAAAAUUCCAAAACUGAAGAAAAUGCUGAUGCAUCAAAAAAAUCAACUUGA